AUGACAGAUAUUCGACCGAAAAAUGAUCGAAAUGAAAAUAAUGAACGUGUGGAUACAAUGGGUACAAAUGUUUAUUCAUCGAAAGAUAAUCAAAGUAUGCAUAAUUCUUUAAAUAGUGAAUUUAUUCUUUAUCAA